AUGUCACCUUCAUAUAAUCAGUCAGCGUAUAUUCAUGAUGGUACCAGAAGACUGCUGCAAAAACUGUCAUCUCGUCAUACUAUCAGUAGACCUUAUAAUUCUAAGAACGAAUCACAAAUACCAAAGGACAGCCAGCAAAGAAAAAUACUGGACGGUAAUCCACAAGUCUCGGUUAAUAUGAAUUCAAGGAUAGCUGAGAAUAUCUAUCAGAGGUAUCACCAGGAUCAUAGCACGCCCAAUCAUAACUCUUUCGGCGGAGACAAUCAUAGGAAAACUUUUAAUACCAUCAAAGCAGAGAAACUAAAUUUCAACACAAACAGUAAUAUUGCUCCACAAUCCAGGAGAUCAAGUCUGUCCACCAAAAGAAGUGUUUCGUCUGAAGGUAAAGUUAAUGUUAAUAAUGAUAGAAAUAUUUUGAUUGCGAUCAAUCAUGCUAAAAUUUUUAGUUAUAAUGCCCAUCAGCUGUCACUGCUUUAUCGGUCUACCUCAGCGGAAUCUAAUUCCCUAUAUUCUUUGAAACGAGUGGAGUCAAUAGAUUCAAUACGAAGUAAUAUUUCAGAGAUUUUAAUCAAUGAAGGAGUGGAUAACGGGGACAUUAGUAGGGAUGAUACUGUGAGCAUUAACAGUAAAAAUCGAAUUAGGACUUCAAAGGGAAGGUUGAUGGCACACGGAAUACUACAAAUUUAUGAAAUCGAAGGUGGAAUUUCAUAUUUAUCGUGUGGAGGAGGCAUUAAAACUACUAGAGACACAUUUGUACAUCCGUUAUUACCAAAGCUCAAGAUCUUUAAGAUUAAUGAGUAUUCUUUCAUUUUAAUGUUAUCGCAUCCGGAACGAUUUUGGAAGAUCUUGUUUGAUGCUGCAGCGAUCGAUAAAGAGUUUUCUAGCACAAAUACUUUUUCAGGUAUUGAUUAUUUGGAACAAAUUGGGGAAUUAGAGAAAAUUUUUCAAAAACUCUGCUUUUUUGUGGAUAUUCUUCCAGCUCCAGCGUUAAGCUCUAGCGAUGAAGGCGAAAAGUUAUCAGGGUGCCAACUUGUGUCGAAUAAUAUUAAUAGAGAUGUGAGCCUGGGAUCAAAUCAAAAGCAUGGUGCAAUAAAAGCCAAACCCGUCAAACAGAAAGUCCCACAACGAUCGAGCUCUAUGGAAGACGCCAGGUCCAAAAUAGUAGAUAGUUCAAAGAAAGGGAAAAUUGGAAAUCGUUUGAGUAAACUCUUCAAACACAAAGGAAAGAUAAAACUUAGUGAAGACAUGAUCACUGCUGGCGAGGUCCAAAGCUCACUAUCAAGCUAUAGUCCAAGAAGGUCUCUGUUUGAUAAUACCAGUUCUAAUAUGCUGAAAAGUAAUUUAACAGAUAAUCAAAGCUCAGCGGCUACGAAUUACAACACAUAUAUCGAUAAGUUGAUAGAGGAAAAGGUGGAAGAGAAAAUGCGAAGGCGUUUAGAGCAAAAUGCUUCUCAAAUGACAGCACUGAAAGCAAUUUCAAGAAGAGAAGAAGAAACUAAAAAUUUCACAAGUCCUUUUCAAGUGAAGUCUUCUAAAGAAUCCAUUGCCAGUUCAGAAUCUUCUAGUGAUAGUUUACUAUAUCGUAUUAUUGAAGAACAUCAUGACGUUGAAGCUGAUCUUGACAAUCCUAGAUUCUUGAAGGAUUUAACCGAGAAGCUAAACAAUGAUGUAAGCAAUGAAAUAUUUUUAGAAAAGAAAAGACAGUCGGUGAUCGAUGGUGAAAGUGAUUUAGUUAUGGCUCAAUUACAAGAAAAUAUGAGCAAGAAUUUCAAUGGAUAUAAUUUCGAAUCAAAUGGUUUGGAUAUUGUCAAAAGUCAAAAAUCUGGCAAUAAUAAAGGGACAUUAUAUGAUGAAACAAGCAACUGGAUGGAUAUUAAUGAAAUUCAGCUAAAAGCUGAUGAAGCGGGUUUUGAGGAUGAUGAACAUGAAGCAGAGAUGAUGUUGAUGAUGAUGCGACCUAGUAUUGAGAACGCUCAACCAAUGAGUAAAGAGAGUAAUCAAAAGUCAUCGUUUGGAAUGAAGAGUCUUAAUAGAUCAAACUCAAGGUUAAGAGCCUCUAGAUUUCACGUUAGAUAUCAACCACAUCCCAACCUCAACGAUGACAUUAAUAGUUAUUAUAGCUCUCGGACUUAUGCCGCUGGACAAAGGAGAAAUGCGAGCAAAUUUGGCAGUGUUAAGAAUUUCAAUAAUGCCCGUUUCGGGGUGAAUAAUAAUGAUGGAAAAGACGAUGAUAUGAAAUCUUACUAUUCAUUACGGUACUCAAUUCUUGGAGGCCGAGGCGGUGAUGGAGUUUCUGAAAGAUCAAGAAGAACUGGCAUGACACUGCUUGGUGCAAACAGAAAUGAUGGCGACAACAAUAUUUAUUCUAGGGAAAUUUAUAACCUUAUUAUGGAUGAUCAAAACGGUGAGGUGAAGAAUCCCCGAAAUGAAAAUGACCGAGGAAGUGAGGCCAAUAAAGGGCUAUUAUCGAAGUUUUUAGGGUGGUGA